AUGACUGAUUCCAAUCAAGAACCCGAUCCUCUCAACAACGGCACCAUGUCAGACUUCGCGAACGGCUCUAGCCCGGACAGUGCGUUGCUUUCGUCAGCCGCCACUUCCAACCCGUCCGAAAACAAUACAGAUCUUGACCUGCUUGACGAUAUGCAUCCCAAUGGAUCUGUCAUCGACCCAAACGGCAUUGCCGAGUCCCUGUAUCCAGAAGUCGAUGCCACUCUCGAGCCCUAUGAUCACCCAGGCUCAGAUCACGUUAUUCAGUUGUCUAGUCUCGAGCACUGCAUGCCUCGGUCGUACAUUCGCAUCUGUUUUGCGUAUCGCCUACCGAGCCCAGACGCGCUUCCAGGGGCGUUGGCGAAGUUGAAUCACUUCAUCCGAAAGACUGUGGACGCGAAGCCAUAUCUGAGUGGCUAUGUUGUAGCAGUGGACAAUCCAGGCAAUCGUGUGGGUGCAGUUGAGAUUCGAUUUUCCGACACCGACUUCCUUGAAUAUCCCAACGUCGGUGUUCGUGAAUUCACCCGCGAAGAGUUCCCGUACACCUAUGACGAGAUCUGCGAACGGGGUCUGCCCCCUAGCGUCAUCAAGCCUGAGUUGGUCUCUGCGUUGGGGGAGUCUGCUGAUGAGCACCGCGCCCCGGUUUUCAGAGUCCAAGCAAAUGUGGUGGAAGGAGGCAUCAUCGUGUCCGUCUACCUCCACCAUUGCAUCUCGGAUGGCUCGGGCUUUGGCUGGCUCGCUUCAGGCAACGUGCUAGACGAUGACUUCACCUUUGACCGCCACUUGGAUACUCGCGGUCUCGACAUCCCAAGUCUUUCGAUGAGACUGGACGCGUUUGCUACUCGCAAGAGCAUCGUCCGCAGAGAACUCUCCUACCCUUUCGCCAACCAGAUCACCAAUCGGGAGCUCAGAUGGAAGACGGCCCAGCCGACACCUGUAGAGGAGGAAGUCAUCAAACCUCGUGGUCGAGGCUGCGUGUUUGCCUUUCCCUCGAGUAAGCUGGAACAUCUGAAGCAAGGCCUCCAGGCCCACGCCGAGGGCGCCUUCAUGACAACACAUGACGCUUUGCUGACCUUGAUAUGGCAUGGAAUGACGAAGGCUAGAAUGCCUUCGGUGCCAGAAGUGACCACCUCGAAGCUUCUCAUUCCCGUCGACAUCCGCAACAGGCUGAUGAAGCCACUUUCAGAGUCCUACUUUGGAGCCGCGGUCGAUUUCGCCUCGGUGCAAAUGCCUCUUUCCCACUUGGCGGACAGCAGUGUAGCUUCCAUGAGUGAGACGGCAUUGGCGGUCCGUAAGGCUAUCAACUGUGUCGACGAGCCUUAUAUUCGACAGGCAAUUGCCUUGGCAACAUAUCCCAAUCCGAAGAUCGACGUCCGAGAUUUGCAAGCGAGCAACAUGGACCGAACCGGUGGCGCAGAUAUGUACAUCACGAGCUGGAUGAAGCUGAACAUCUACAAGUCGACCUUCGAAAUGGGCCUCGGUCGGCCAGAUUGGGUGCGGAAGCCUUGGAGUAAGGAUCCUGGCUCCUGCAUCAUCUUGCCGUACGAUGACCGAAAGGACUACCUUGAGGCCGUCAUACAGAUGGCAGAAGCAGACAUGGCCCGGUUGCUGGAAGACCCAGAGUUCAUGGGAUAUGUGAUCAGAUGGAUAGAAUGA